UCUACUCACACAACCUCAUGCUACGUCUCCAUUUCUUCUCAAAUAUCUUCUUCCACCCAAACACUUCACCACAUUCCUCCUCCUCUGAAAACCAAGAAAGCUCAAACCUUCACGUUUCCUUUCCUCCUUCACCCACUCACUGACUCUGGUUUCGACUCUGGCACCCAUCUCUCUUCUCAGAAAUGUCAAUAAUCGGGAGGAGAGGAAUCCACCACUUGCAGAAACUAAACACUCCGAACAUCCCAACAGUUGAGUGUCAGAACCGGGUCAUAGAUGCCUCCCUCACUCUUAUUCGUGAGAGUGCCAAACUCAAGGGAAAGCUGGUGCGCGCUUUAGGUGGAGCCGUAGCGUCUUCUUCGCUUCUGGGGGUUCCUUUGGGACAUAACUCGUCGUUUCUGCAAGGCCCGGCUUUUGCUCCUCCGUUGAUUCGGGAGGCUAUUUGGUGCGGUAGCACAAACUCUACAACUGAAGAAGGGAAGGAACUGAAGGAUCCGCGGGUGCUAACUGAUGUGGGCAAUUUGCCUGUGCAAGAGAUUCGAGAUUGUGGAGUGGAUGAUGAUAGAUUGAUGAAUGUGAUAAGUGAGUCUGUCAAGCUAGUGAUGGAAGAGGCUCCACUGCGGCCAUUAGUAUUAGGUGGUGAUCACUCAAUUUCGUAUCCUGUUGUAAGAGCUGUCUCUGAGAAGCUUGGGGGACCUGUGGACAUACUUCAUCUUGAUGCCCAUCCUGAUAUUUAUCAUGCCUUUGAGGGUAAUAAAUACUCACAUGCAUCUUCUUUUGCUCGAAUUAUGGAGGGUGGUUAUGCUCGGCGACUUUUGCAGGUUGGUAUUCGCUCAAUUAACUAUGAAGGGCGUGAACAAGGAAAAAGAUUUGGUGUUGAGCAAUAUGAAAUGCGAACCUUUUCAAGAGAUCGUGACUUUUUGGAAAACCUGAAACUAGGGGAAGGUGUGAAGGGUGUCUAUAUCUCGAUAGAUGUAGAUUGCCUUGAUCCUGCCUUUGCUCCAGGAGUAUCACACAUCGAGCCAGGGGGUCUCUCCUUCCGUGAUGUUCUCAACAUACUGCACAAUCUCCAAGGUGAUGUGGUUGCUGCAGAUGUCGUUGAAUUCAAUCCACAGCGCGAUACUGCUGGUGGGAUGACUGCAAUGGUAGCUGCUAAACUGGUGAGAGAAUUGGCUGCAAAGAUGUCAAAAUCAUAUAAUCCUUGGGAAUAUCCGGAGACACCAAGCUUCGAUCUAGCAUGAACUCAUUCCAAGCAUAAUAUUUCAGGCUGAUUUUUUCUUCUUUUAGAUUUGUUCAUGAGGGGGAAGUUUCCCUCUCUUCUCUUUCGCUGUUAUUUUUGUUUCUCUCUUGGACGAUGUAUUUUUCUUCUUUAUUAUUAAUAAAUUGAGUUGGGGGACGGGCGGUGGGUUCCCAGAGUGGGGCAGACCCUUCACCUUCGGGUUUGAGGGUGGGACAAGUGUCCUGCAUUGUCUGUCUCUGAGGAACUAAUAUCGCCUAAUCCCUUUCUCCUUAAAAAUAAA